UAUGAAAUAAAAUCAAGCUUGGAAUACGACCAAACGAAAUAUGUAUUGCUGGAAAACGGGGAAAUGUUUUUACUUAUAAAUCAACGAAGCAACGUGACGCCGUACGUUUCAUCUAUCAUACAUAAAAAGAAGCCGACGUAACGCUACACAAUAAAAGUCAUUUGCAAUAAAUGAUUAAACGUCAUACUAUUGAAAUUCAAAUAAGCAGUCAAACCUGGUGUUGAAGCUGACAAUGCAUCGUAAUACAAUGCGAAUAUUCCGUAACGAGGUUUGAAUCAAUAUCAAUAUAAAUUUUAUUCAUUUCAGCUCGAAUAUAUACGCGGUAUAACUGGGUGUUAUGAAGAGAUUUUCAUUUAACGGUUUUCUAAAAGAAAGAAGCGACAACCAGGAGUAUGAAGUUAAGGUUUUAGGAAGUGUGUUAUGUUCUCAUCCAGGUGCCGAAGAAAUAUGUCGCGCCAUGGGGGAGAAGUAUACAGCGAGUCGACAAAGAAAGAUUCCUUGUCAAAAUAUGAUCGUUACUUCAAAAGGAAUACAACUUGAAAAAGGUCUGACUGGAAGUGAAGGCUCAAUGAAGAAAUUCGUGAUUGAGAGAAUCGUCUAUUGCGGAGUGGACAAGCAACAUCAAAAGAUAUUUGGCUUCUUUUAUCGAGCACCUGAUAAUUUAUAUGGCGGACUGGACUGUCACGUUGUUGAGUGUCGCUCAAGGCAAGAUGCUAAACACGUCGCUUUAAAAAUUUCUGAAAUAUUUCACCAAAUGGCUGAAGAAAAGCAACAGGACAGAGGGGAAUCUUCUUUAACACAACUAAAUAAUGUUCGUGAACGGACAAAAUCUGUGUCGAUGGUGCAACUACAUUCAUCAAUUGAAAGUUUAAUUGAAAAUCCCGACAGCUGCCCAGCUUCGCCUAAAAUUGAACAACGUCCAAAUUCUCGUAAACUGAAUUACUCUGAAUUACAGUUACAUGGCACUAAAUGUGAAAACAGUUCAGGUUAUGGCGACUCUUCAGAUGAUUUAACGGACAAAAUUAGCUCGAAAACAAAGCGAAGAAAGCGCAGAGCUUCGGGUAAGGCAGUUCAAUUAAACGAUAGUAGGCGGAAAACUUCACAAACAGGACAGGUGGAAAUGGACUAUGUGAAUGGCGAAUGGUGUAGUUAUAUUGAGCGAAAUAAUACUACGUCUACUUAUAAUCCAAAUGUUGAACAUGAAACACUUCUCUCAAGCGAAGUUAAGGAAUGGAGGACGUCAAAAAAGGACAAAAACGACAAUUCAUAUCAAAGCAAAAUUACGGUAAACCAAGAAUACAUGAAUAUGAAAAAAUUCGCACUUAAAUGAAUAUACUCCAGAGUUUCCUUUUCUAAAAACAAUACCAGGCGAUAAUUUAAAAAAAAUAUAUUACAAAAUGCGAAGAUUACAUCUUGAAACUCAAGUUAUGAGUCAAAAUAAGACGGGAAUGAGUUUUCGAUAUAUAUUAAUUAAUCAGUUUGUCUGAUAAUAAUUUUAAAUAAAAUCGACAUGUUAUGUUCACAUGUCUUGAAUUUCAAGUAAUCAACAUGCUAACGUUCAGAUUAUUGAGUUUUGUUGUAUAUUUCGUUUUCCGGCGCGGAAUGGCAGUGCCAAACAACACAAAGGACUUAACUACAUCCUGUAUUGAUUUAAAUUUUACUUAUAUUCUUUAUUUACUUAAGAGCAUAUAUGCAGAUGAAUGUUUUAGAAAUAAUUACUUUUCAAAAGAUCUGUAGAGUGAUAAGGUGUAUAUGGAUCGUGUUGAAAACACCACAGUCUGGCUAUAGACAAUGAAAGACAGGAACGGACAGUGGAAUUUGAAGUGUCUAACGUGAAAACUUACAUGGAAUUAUAUCUAUAUUUAUCUGUUGCACGUACGGUUAGUUGAAACCACGCAGAAUUAUAUAACAAUUAAAUCUCUUCAAAUUCCGC